CCAGCGGCUCGUGGAGGCGCAUAGACACUGAGCUGUACCGGUUGAGUCUAUAUGGUUCUCAUGUGCUGUGUAAAAUCGCCGCGAGCUCUGCUGCUCCUCAUUACUGAUAUUUUGUUUACUGUGUGAUAUUACAUACGCGUAAAGAAAUGGCAGAAACCGCACCAGCUGUUGCCGCAGCGCCGGCCAAAGCGCCUAAAAAGAAAUCCGCUGCAAAAGCCAAGAAAACCGGACCAAGCGUGGGUGACCUCAUCGUCAAAGCUGUCUCGGCUUCCAAGGAGAGGAACGGCGUCUCUCUCGCCGCCCUGAAGAAAGCGCUCGCCGCCGGUGGUUACGACGUGGAGAAGAAAAAUGCCCGCGUUAAGAUCGCCAUCAAGAACCUGGUGACUAAAGGCACCCUAGUCCAGACCAAAGGGACCGGCGCUUCCGGGUCUUUCAAACUGAACAAAAAGCAGGCAGAGACCAAGGCAAAACCAGCGAAGAAAGCCGCUCCUAAAGCAAAGAAGCCCGCAGCCAAGAAACCCGUCGCUGCCAAGAAGCCCAAGACUGCAGCGACAAAGAAGACCGCCGCUAAGAAAUCACCCAAGAAAGCAGCGAAGAAACCAGCCGCCACCGCCGCUAAAAAGGCAACAAAGAGCCCCAAGAAAGCAAAGAAGCCAGCGGCUCCUAAGAAAGCAGCGAAGAGCCCCCAAAAAGCGAAAGCUGCUAAACCCAAGACGACAAAGCCCAAAGCAGCUAAACCUAAAAAGGCAGCACCCAAGAAGAAAUAAAGUUAAUACUUUAUUUUUUUACACUCAAAGGCUCUUUUAAGAGCCACCCACCAGUCCUUUAAAGAGCAAUGUUUC